AUGAAUAGUGAAUCAAACGCUAUGGAAUUUCGAUUAUUAGCAACUUAUGUUAAAAAAGUCAAAGCAGAAUCAAUUUUGAUACUUUUUAUUGCAGUAGUUAUCACAGCAAUUUAUGUAUUAAAUGUAUUUAUCGUGGAUAGUGUAGCGUACACAAUAGUAGGAUAUUUAGUUGUAGGAUAUUUAACAUGUGCCCUUGGAUUAUUCUGUGCGAAUAAAUUGAAGCGAAUUUACACAAAAAUUUAUUUCUUUCUUCUAGUAGGGUUUUUCGGCUACAAUUUGAUAGGUAUCCUUUUUUAUAUUGCAUAUUUGGCAGAUUUAUUAGUGAUUAGUGACGAAUCCACGUUUUGUACAAAGCUAUAUUUCAAAUGAUCACGUGCGACAUUUCCGGGGAAAUUUGGCCCAAAAUUUUUCUUUGAUGACACUAUCAAAAUUGCAUGAUCAUUUGGCCUGCACCCUUUGCACAACAAACCUUUACUACGAUUGUGGGAGUUCCGAAGCAAUGUAUUGGCUUUUGCUUCUCCUUAUUUUCAUUGGCAUCACUGCGCUUAUUGCGAUUGAUUUAUUCCUAUUUAUCUGCAUAAAAGACUGUCGAUUGCUUUACAAAUACUCACACGCGCUAUAUGAUUUUCCACUGAUUGAGGCUUACGAUGAGGAUACAGAUAAUUUGAAACACAGUUGUAAAAUAGAAAGACAAACCAACGUCCCAAGUCCUUCUCUCUAA